UAUACAGUUCAGUUCCCUUGCACAGUGAACACGGAAGAAAGCAAUUGAUAUCAUUCAGGUUAGUCGUAUUAUUUCAGAAAACGAUGGCACUAUUAAUGGAUAACCAAUUCGGAAAUCUUCCAGCCGACAACGCAGUGAAUACAAAGUUGUUUCUGGAGUCAGUGGCAUAUCUUCCACCUUUUUUGAAAAUCCGAGGUGUGUUUGACAAGGACCCUGCCAAGUAUGCAACUCUACAGCAGAUAGUGGAGGCAGAGAAGGAGACACAUGGCACAGAGUGGCCCAAAGUGGGAGCCACCUUGGCCCUAAUGUGGCUGAAGAGAGUCCUCUGUUUCACCCAGGUCCUGCUGCAGAGCUUGGCAGACGGAGAGAAAGACGAGAACAACCCUAACCUCAUCCGUGUUAACAUCACCAAAGCCUACGACCAGGCCCUGAAGAAAUACCACAGCUGGCUCGUGCAGAAGAUCUUUAAGGCGGCGUUGCUUGCAGCACCCUACAAGUCAGACUUUAUCAAGGCCCUGUCAAAAGGUCAAGAGGUCACAGAGGAGGACUGCAUGGCUAGUGUACGCCAGUUCCUCAUCAAUUUCACGGCAACUGUGGAUGCCAUCUAUGAGAUGUACACAACGCUGAAUGCAGAGCUGGACUAUAGCGUUUGAUGUUGUCCCCCAAACCGGACUGCAGCAGCAUCCUGCUUGGUACUUUCUUUCAGUCUUCUGUUUUUCGUCCUUUCUCUCAGGUGAUGGAACAUUCCAUCUUUUGAGGAUUGAGGAUUCUGUUUCAAAGAAGACGUUUUUAUCCGUGGCACCAUUUUUAUUAUUACUUUUCUGUCCCUCCUUUUAAAUCCCUCCUUACUGAAUGUUGAUAGUUUGGCCCCUGAUGAGUUGCUACUGGACAGAAAGUGGCAUAUUCCGUGUUGAGUGUUUUUUAAUUCGUACAGGUCUAGCACAGCUCUUGGUGCGGUCUGAUGCUGUUACACGUGAUUCACCACAGGUAAGAGACAUUCAGAAGUGAUAUCCUGAGAUCUGGUCAGUGUUAUUUUAAGACAGCAUCUCUUUCUCUGUGGGAGGGGAGAAUAUUUCUGCUAUUGAUUCGCAUUACACAUGACUCAUAAAAUUCCUACUGUAACUCUGCCCUGAAAUGUGAGAUAGUGCCCUCACUGCCUGGUAGCUACUGGGAAGUCAACUAUCCCAUGCCUUUAGAGAUUAUAACCACCAUUAGUGGUUUUAGUGACUUCAAAUCACAUUUURUUAGUCACAUGCACCAAAUACAACAGGUGUAGUCCUUACAGUGAAAUGCUUACUUACGAGUCCCUAACCAACA